GCACUAUGAAUCUAUAAGCUUUUCAUUCUUGCGACUGGCAGUCUCAGUACUGUGUCGGGGCAUGUCAAAGAACCAACGCGUCUCGACGCUACCUCCCUCCGUGUCUUGCAAAUAACUACUUUUCUUGUGUACUUUGCCGCCCGCGCGUCCAUUCAAUCCUGAUAUUCCUAGCCGUCGCAUUUUUAUAAGGAAUUCCUGCAUUUCGAGCCAUAUGUGCGCUGCUGGCUGAUGCUCUGAUUCAAAAAGUUGUGCAACGAACGUGCUGGCAAAGUGCGCCGUGGGGUAUUUAUUCACGUUGAUUUUCCAAAAGGCUCAACUGCGUGAAAUCCUGUUAGUGAAAAAGGGAGAGAGAGAAGACCCGUCAACGUCAUUUGCGUUUAAGUGUUUCACAACAACCAGCUAUUCUCGCGCCUCUUCUAAAGAAGCCACCACUGCAUUCAAAUCGUAUCUAUAUUGAGGAGGAGCAGAGGAGGAGGAGGACCCCGAUGACAUCACCGGAUUUUCUGUGAAUUGUGCUCCCCGCCGUGGUUCGCGUGUUGACUCUUUUUCUUAAUAUAAACUCCUAUACACGCCGGCCGGCGAAAUCAAAUUUGGACUCAGGGACGGUGAAAAAGAAAAAUCUUCUGCUCGUCAAAGUUCUGUCACUUGCGUAACGAACUUUUCGGCUUCGGUUCAUUUGGCAGACAAGUUGCCGGGAGCCCGGGAGGGUAAGCCGCACAGCAACAUGGCCGUGUCUCCACUUCUUCAUCAAAGUCACGAAGUGCUGAACGCGGAUUUCUGUUCGGGAUACAUCGAUCAAUUUGGCAAGUGGAACACGGGGUUCCCGUGCCCUUGGCUCGAUGGCUCCACUCCUGGUUUCUGUUGCGGAACGGAAAACUACAAGUACUGCUGCUCGGGUAAAUUGAGGAUCGCCACAGCUCCACCUCCUCUACCUGAAGAUCCGUUACUGCUGGUUCUGGCCAUCACUCUGGGUGUUGCGGCCGGUAUCACGUUACUCAUCCUGAUCGCCUGCUUCGUCUGCCCCGGUUGCCUCUUACAUAAAAAGCGACGUCCAGGUCCUCUGUAUCGAUUACCCUGCUCCUCGACGAUGAGCACCUACGUUCCGGCGACUAUGGCGACGUCAAGUCCGGGACAAUCCAACCACCAGCAGCACAGGCCGGCGGCGACCAUUGGUUUCAACGACGCUCGGACAUCGACCAGCUUCCAGAGUUUCAAUGGCGGCGGCAAUGACGGCGAAGCGCGGAACAGGAGCGGCGGCGGUGGUGGCGUUUCGAGCCUCUACUCUCUUUCAGAUUCCCAUUGCCCGUCUCCCGUGGCGAUGAUGACGGCCGCCGACUCCGGCAGCGGCAGCAAUCCCAUUUCCAACAUUGAUCAACUCUCGGCCGCCGCCCACCGCCAGUCGGAGAUGAUGCGAGGCGGAGGAGGCCGGCUAGGAGGAGGUUGCCAUCAUCUGUACUGGAGCCGACCUUUAGCCCGGACGUGUAUGGCUCCUUCCGUCAUUGGCAGCAGCAACAGCCCAGCAAGCGAUAGCCAACUUGUGUCCGUCCGAAUACCGGCCAACACCAGUCAAGGUCACGGGCAUCAAGGCUAUCGCCAUCGGGACGAUCCUUCGCCUCCGCCGCCGUACGAAGCGGAUUUCAACGGCGGCAUCCAUCGUCAUCCUACGGCUGAGGCUUCCGUCAACAACCGGACCACUUCGCUAAACCAACAGCAGGCUCAGCUUCGACAGCACUUGCAGCAGCUUCAGGUCGAGACGGCGGCUUUCCGCCAACAACAGCAGCAACAACAACAACAUCACCAAAGCAGCAACAUCAGCCCGCGACAGCCAGCCCUGUGCAUCAUCGACGACGGGCGCAGAGACAAUCCUCAGCUGACGUACCACUCGACAAAGUUCUGAAAAUGGCAGACUAUAUCUGAGCAUUUCACAAUCUAUACGAAAAAAGAAAAAUAGAAAAGAAAAGAGAAAGAUAAAACGGCAGACGAAUUUUAUACAUAUAUAUUAUACAACACACAGAAAUGAUUAUUAUAUUAUUAUCCAUAUCGCAUUCAUAUAUGAUUAUGAACACUUUGUCAUCAUUUAAAUACAUUGCAGUGCUGCACACUCGA